AUGGUCAUCAACCCGACAUACCUCGCUCAGCGCACACGUUCCUCAGCCGGGUGGAACGAUGCGAGGCGGAGGGUCCUCCACAGCUACCGGCACUGGUUGAGAGCUGCCCCGGAAAUCCAGUCCAUGUACACCCUCAGCCUACCGGUGUCCACAAUCCGAACAAAAGUGCGGCAGGAGUUCGAGCGGCAUCGAUACGUGAAUCAGCUAAAGACAGUCGAUGUGCUGCUGUUUCACAGCCAUCAGGAGUUCCAGGAAACCCUCAAUUACUGGAAACAACUCUCCCACGUUCUCAAGUACUUCCGCACAGAAGAGGAUCCGAAGGCCAGGCUGCCGAGCAACUUCAUCAACGGGUUCUUGGAGGGUCGCAACUGA